AUGCCUGGCGUCCUCUCCCUCCGCUCCCCCCGGACUACAGCCCUAGGUGCCCUCGACAACCUCAAGGCCAAGCUCAAGGCCGCCUUCAAGAGGAAGGACGAGAAGAAGGAGCCCAAGCCAGCCGCCACCGCCACCACCACCCCCGCCGCCGAGCCCUCCAAGACCGACGCCGCCGCCGCAGCUCCGGCAGCAGCCCCUGCCACCGCCGCAGCAGCCGCCGCUCCAGCCGGUGCCGAAGCCAAGCCCGCCGAGCCCAGCACCGCGGCAGCCGCACCAGCAGCCGCUGCCCCCGCGACCGACGCUCCCGCUCCCUCGACUGAUACUCCGGCCGCCGCCGCCGCCGCCGCCGCCGCCGCCGCCGCCGCGCCUACCAGCGAGCCCACCCCAGCGGCCCCCGCCGCUGCAGACGCCGCCCCCGCCGCCGAGGCCCUGGCCCCGGCCACCACGGCCGCCGCGCCCACGGCUACCGCUCCUCCCGCCGACAAGAAGGACGCCGAGCCCGCGGCUCCCGCCCCGGCCGCGGCCCCCGUCGCGCCCGCCGCUUCUUCCUGA